AUGAUGUCUACUGUACCGGCCUUUUCCUUUACUGAACCGGGUUUGGUUAACCAAUUAUCUAAUUUCCAAACCGGAUUCACUCCUUGGAAUUUUGACUGCUCUGAUCUCUUCUCUGUGAUCCAACCGGUCACACAGAGUCCAUGUUCUGAUGAAUCUGAAACCGGUUCUGUCAGAAUUAAAACCGGAUUUCAAGACCUAAAAUCCGGUUUUGACGAAUCUUGUAUCGGUUCCAUCAAAACAGACUCCGGUUCCGACGAUUCCGAAUGUUUUCAAGGCGUGCCAAGUCCACAAUCCCACGAAUUGGAUUCGGGAAACACGAGAAUCCCGAUAAAAGCUACGGACCAUAACCGGAAUAAAUCGAACGUGCCGGUUUUGCAGAUAGUCGACGAUCGUAAGAGGAAGCGGAUGGAAUCAAACCGAGAAUCAGCGAAGCGGUCAAGGAUGCGUAAACAGAGACACAUUGAGAAUUUAAGAGACGAAGUAAACCGGCUCGGUUUAGAAAACCGCGAACUCACAAACCGGCUCCGAAUCGUUAUGUACCACAUCGAACACACAAGUACGGACAACAAUCGGCUUUUGUCAGAACAAGAGAUUCUCAGACGAAGAUUCUCGGAGUUGAGACAAAUCUCAGUUCUCAGACAACUUCAGAAUCAGCAACAAUGGGGAUGCGAUCAUCAAGUGAUUUGA